AUGUGCUGCAGAGGCCGGCCGGGAGAGGGCGUCAGCAGCGCUUCACGUCUUACUCUGGGGGCGGGGCGACGUAAUCUCGCGAGAUUGGCACGUCGGAGGCGUUCCGGGCCAAGCAUGGCGGACUCAGAGGUGCUGCUCAGGCGGGUUCCGAGCCGCUCUUCUUGGCAGCGGGUUCGCAAGGCCCGGCCCCACCUCCUCCUCAGUCGUCGGGGCCGUCGCCGGUUUGGGGUCCUGACCCGGGGCGAGCUGCGGCGCCUGCGACGGCGGCUGCUGCGGGCCCACGCCUUGGGCGGGGACUGGAAGGUGGGUGUCACCGCGGGCUCGCACGUGGCCGGAAAGUGCAAGGUCCGGACCCGCAGCCGGCCCGCGCCCCGCAGCCAGCCCGCGCCCCGCAACCAGCCCGCGCCCCGCAGUCAGCCCGCGCCCCGCAACCAGCCCGCGCGCCAUGUCCAAACCCUGUCAUCGAACGUCACCCAACCCACGCGGGACUUAGGCUCGGGCCGUGUGUUGUUGCUGCUGCCAGCCGGGGAGGGCUUUACUUUUAGUGGGAUCUGCCGGGUGACUUGCAUCUAUGGCCAGGUGGAAAUAUACGGCCAUAUCGUCAAACAGGGCCAGCCUGCCCGAGAUGUCUUCUCUGCCUAUACCCACUCUUACCUGACCAUCGGCGGGGUUCGCUACUCAGAGCCUGAGAAGAGUGAGAAGGAGAUGAGAAGGGAGCUGCGGGCCCUGCUCAGGCCUCACAUGAAGCUGGACGACAGAAACUGGGUAGUCCAGUAUUUCCCUCCCCUGGGCUCCAUUCUGCUGCUGGAGCAGCUGAGGACCCCCGCUGUGGACUUCAUGAGCUCCUAUAAGUGCGCAUCUUAUGUCUUCCUGCAGGAGAAUACUCCUGUGCGGAUAAAUUCUGAGUAUAUAACUUUGAAAACAAUUGGUAUCAGAAGACAGAGGAAGAAGAAAGGCAUCUGCCUGAAUGAGAGCGGCCUUUGUGCCCUAGAAGAGCUAGUCAUCGCGUCCUGUGUAGAUGGCUGCCCUGUCAUCCUGUUGUGUGGCGCUUGUGACACUGGAAAGUCAACGUUCAGUAGAAUACUGAUUAACCAGUUAUUGAAUAGCCUUCCUGGAGUUGACUAUCUGGAAUGUGACCUGGGGCAGACGGAGUUCACCCCUCCUGGCUGCAUUGCCUUACUUAACAUUACAGAACCACUGCUGGGACCACCUUACACCCACCCGAGGAGGCCACAGAGGAUGGUGUACUACGGGAAGACGAAUUGUCAUAAUGACUAUGAGAAUUACAUCGAAAUAAUAAAAUACGUGUUCCGAGAUUACAAGAGAGAGUCCCCACUUAUCAUCAACACAAUGGGCUGGGUGAAAGACGACGGACUGCUGCUGCUGGUCGACCUGAUCCGACUGUUGUCUCCCAACUAUGUUGUUCAGUUGUCUACUGCCCGGGGACGCUUGAUGCCCGCUCUGACCUCAGAAUAUGUGGAGCUCACAGAUGGCCUGUAUACAAAAAGCAAGAUCAGAAGGAGACAUCGAGGUUUUGAAAUUGAAGAAUUUGAAGACAGUUUGGAAUUUACUGAUGAAGAGAAAGACUCCAGUCCAGUUCCGGUCUUCACUGGACAUAAGCUGAUGUCUGUUCACUCAGAAUUUUUAUGUGAUAAAAAUGAAAAAAACAGGGCCAAAUACAACAAAAUCUUCCGAGAUCUGGCAGUGUUGGGUUACCUUAGCCAGCUGAUGCCUCCUGUGCCAGGACCACUUAGUCCUCUGCACAGCCUCACACCCUAUCAGGUCCCCUUCAGUGCAGUUGCCGUUCGGAUCACUCAUGCCGAUGUGGCCCCUGCCCACAUACUGUACGCCGUGAAUGCCAGCUGGGUUGGCCUUUGCAAGAUCCUGGAUGAUAUGAAAGGAUACACUCGGGGGCCCAUCCUGCUUGCCCAGAACCCCAUAUGUGACUGUUUGGGCUUCGGCAUCUGCAGAGGCAUUGACAUGGACCAGCGGCUGUACCACAUCCUCACCCCUUUGCCUCCAGAAGAGUUGAAAGCUGUGAACUGUCUGCUGAUUGGUGCCAUUACUGUUCCGCAUUGUAUUUUCAAGAACCAGCCUGGGCUCGAAGGGACAAUUCCUUACAUCACCACGGAUUAUAACUUUAAACUUCCUGGAGCCUCGGAAAAAAUUGGAGAAAGAGAGUAUGCAAAUGGAUUUCUUGGGUACAGAGCCUAUAAAAGAAAAUAAAGCCUUGCUACGGACAGAGACUUUCCUUCCUGGGAUCCUUGUCCUCAAGCCCUGAGGCAGCAGACUGAGUGAGGCUUUCUGGCUGUGAGCAGCAAACUCAUGUCCAGUGUUGAUGUGACUGGAAAAUGUGCUGCGUACGACAUAGCUUUUCUCUUUCCUCUAAGACAGGGUCUCCUGUCUGUCAUCCAAGUGUGGCAUUACAGGCCUGUGUCACCACACCUGGCGUUCAGGCUUUUCUCCUAAGUUGUUUGAUCUCAAACUUGGCCUGGACUUCACAGCUGGCCGUCCUGGCUGAGUGGAGCAGCAAGGGAGGCUGUGCUGGUCGUCAGACAGGAAGUGCGCGGCCCUCUCCCUUCGCGGCCAAGGACCUGACUGUCGGACUCGAGAUAAAAUUUGGGAAACCAGGGCCACAAAAAUGUGUGGCAUCUGGGCAGUGGUGGUGCACACCUUUAAUCCCAGCACUCGGUCGGGAGGCAGAGUCAGCUGGAUCUCUGUGAGUUCGAGGCUAGUCUGGUCUACAGAGCAAGAUCCAGGACAGGCACCAAAACUACACAGAGAAACCCUUUCUCACACGCGCCCCCCCCCCCAAAAGUGCCGCUAACCAGGGCAGCAGGCUGACCCAGCAGUUCUCAGGUGCAGUGCAUAGCUGCCAAGGUCCUGAGCAGGCUGCGUGAUGGAGAGACUUUGAGCCACGUGGACCUUACCAGUGAGGGGAGAUGACUCCAAUGCCUGAUCCUUUGAUGCCAUUGAAUCUCCAAUCAUGUUGUCAAGUGUUAGAGGAUUGUAUUUGGUCUGUUAGUUUCUGGGUCAUUUUAAUCAUGAGACUUUAUGUUGAAGAAGUUGCUCUGACAUCCAGAAAACCUCCAGAAGGUUCCUUAAGUAUGGGAAUGCUCUGACUGACUCCUCCGUUGAGGCUGGACACACUGCCAUGGGGCCACCAGCCUAUGAACAGACACAUUUGUGCCUGGCUUGGACAAACCUUUGCUACCAGCGCUUUCUUAUAGGAACCAGGAGGCCACUGCAGGUACCAUUUUUUUCCUAGUGGAUUUUGUAAUUAGAAGUGACUGGGUCAGGUCACUUUUGUGGUUGAAAAAACAGGCCACUGAGCAACUUCUCAAGUUGGCAUGACUGACAUGUCAGGACUCCACCUUCCAGUAGGAUCAUGUUCAAAGACCAUUCGAGGCUGUGGAAGGUUUAAUGUUUAUGUUCAUGUACACCAUUGAUUAUCUACAUCUUGUCUGUAACCAUAGCACGCUGAGUGUUCCUGGUCUUGUCUGCUUGGCCCCAUCUUUGGGACACUGCUGGGUGCCCUCGGCAUUUGAAAAACCCAUUAGGAGACAGAACUGCAGUGGCCAGCCACUUAACUCGCUGUCCCUUAUUUAUUUCUAACGUUAGCUUGUGUCUUUCUGUGUGGUGGGGAGGGGGCUCUUACCAUGUUGCCCAAGCAGGUCUCUGGCUCCGUUGCUCUCCCUCUUCCGAAUGCUGAGGUCACAGGUGCAGUUAGCCUAGCACCACCCCUCUUCCUGUCUUCCCCGGGUCUUCCUGUCUUCACAAGAAUAAAGAUCCUGAAAUGCAGGUCUCCCUUUUGCAUUUUUCAUAAAGGUGUGCAUUUAAGUGACCUUCACUCAUCAGUAGAGACCCAGUGUCGGCAGUAGAGGGAGCUGUGGGCAUGGGGCAGGGGGCUGGGAGGAGCAGUCAUCUGGAACAGGAUUACUGGAGAGAGGUCUCGCUGCGAAGCCCUGGCUUAGGUAAGACCUGCACCAAAGUGUCUUCUUGUCCAUGUGAUUUUGGUGUCAGGGCAUUUGGGGCAAGGAAGACAUUGGACUCUGCCAUCUUUUUGGGGGGUUUGUUUUUGUUCUGAGACAGACAGGAUCUUGGCAAUGAACAGUCUAACCUCAGACGCACGCACGAUCCUCCUGCCUUAAUUUCCAAGGGCUGGGAUUGCAGGUGUGUUUGGUGUAACAGACACUUGUCUUCGGUGACUCUUCUUGUGUGGCCUGUCUGGAAGGCGAGCAUCAAGGUUUUGUCCCUCCUGAAGGCUGGGAAUGGUGUGGACAUAAAUGUCAGGACACAAUUCUCUGUCAGGCUUCCCUUCAGUUCAGUCCUGUUGCCGUGUGUCUUUGUGAAAGUGCACUGAUAAGAAGCUACAUCUUCAAAAGCCCCUGCGUACUGCUUUUAAAAUUGUCUAUUCCCGUGUAGAAAACAGCCCUUCAGUGCCCACUGCGUAGGUGGCACUGAAUCCUGUGAACAUCACAUCUGACUCUUGAGUUUAAAAAUAAUUCCCUACUGUGUGUGAUUUCUGCCAUCUCCUUUUACUAUGAACUUUAUCAUUAAAAUUUUUGAGAACAUCA